CGGGCUCGGAGACGACGCUCCGGGAACCCCCGCCCGGUCGGGAAGGAGGCGAAGAGCGGCUGGCCGUGCUGUCUCUUUAAGACCAUGCCCCGGCUAACCUGGACGGGCUCCUGGAGGGGCAGUGAGACUAAGCGAGGCCAGGAUCCAAAGGGGCGGACUGGCCCCCACCGGGCUUCAGCCUCUGCUCAGCCCAGCCCUUCCUGAAUCUCGAUGCAGAGUCCUCCAUGGCUGUGAUCAGCCUGCUGUUCUUGGCAGUGCUCUAUGUUGUUCACCACCCCUUGAUGGUCAGUGACCGGAUGGACCUGGACACGCUAGCCAGAAGCCGGCAGCUGGAGAAGCGGAUGAGUGAGGAGAUGCGCCAAUUAGAGAAAGAGUUUGAAGAACGAAAGCGAGCCGCUGAGCAGAAGCAGAAGGCAGAGAACUUGUGGCGGGGAGAGCCAGCCAGUGACCAGUUAGUGCUGGGGGAGAAAGGCCUGGGGUGGCAGUUCCAGGCCGAUGGUCAAGAGGGGCCUCUGGGCUGGCUGCUGGGGAACCUGUGGAAUGCUGGCCUCUUCUGCCUCUUUCUCCUCUUUGAGCUCCUGCGGCAGAACAUGCAGCAUGAGCCGGCCUUUGAUUCCAGCAGUGACGAGGAGGAGGCGGAAGUCCGGGUGGUGCCCGUCACUUCCUGCAGCUGGUUCACUGACUUCCCCUCACGGGAGGCCCUGGCCGACUUCUAUGAACACUACGUCCAGAAUGCCAUCCAGGACCUGCCCAGCACCUGUGAGUUUGUGGAGAGCUUUGUGGACGACCUGGUUGAGGCCUGUCGGAUCCUCAGCCACCGGGAGGCUCACCUACAGUUCGAAGACUGCCUGGGCCUCGGGGCUGCCUUUGAGAAGUGGGGAACCCUCCACGAGACCCAGACAUUCCACGUGCUGGUGCCCGUCACCCCCCCGCAGGGCUCCAUUUUCGUCCUGGAGAUGCAGAAUCAGGCCCUAGGCCGCCGCUGUGGCUGCGUGCUGGUGGAGCUGGAGUGCGUGUGCAGGUGCGAGAAGCUCCUGGGGGACGUGCUGUGCCUGGUGCACCGCAGCAACAAGGACCACGCCACGGUGCCAGGGACAAGUAACAGUGCCAUUAGGGCGGCGCUCUGCACCGGCUCCCAUCUGGAUGUGCACAAGACUGUGCAGUGGUUCCGGGGCAUGGUGAGCAAGGCCUGGGCCCUUGUGGCCCACAAGUAUGACUUCAAGCUCAGCCUUCCGCCCUCGACCACCUCCUGCAAGCUCAGGCUGGACUACCGCUCGGGCCGCUUUCUCUCCAUCAGCUUGGUCCUGGGGGUGCAGCGGGAAGACACGUUGGUCUACCUGGUGAGCCAGGCCCCGGAGCAGGAACAGCUCACCAGUGUUUACUGGCCGGAGUCCUUGGCAGCCUGCGAGCACUUGUUCCUGAAGCUGGUCGGGCGCUUUGCUCCGGAGGACACCUGUCACCUCAAGUGCCUCCAGAUCAUUUUAACUCUCCGCGACCUCCAGAACCUACCCGACGGGGCAUCCUGCCCCAUCCUGACCCCUUAUCACUUCAAAACAGCCUUCAUGCACCUGUUGCUAAGGCUGCCCCUGACAGACUGGAAGCACCACAUGCUGUCCCAGCGGCUCCAGGACCUCCUCUGGUUCUUGGGCCGGGGCCUCCAGCAGAGGUCCCUCCACCAUUUCCUCAUUGGCAACACCUCCCUGCCCCUGACCAUCCCGAUCCCUAAGACAUUUCGGAAUGCGGAGCCUGUCAACCUCUUCCAACACCUGGUGCUAAAUCCCGUGGCACACUCGCAGGCCGUGGAAGAGUUCCACAACCUCCUCCUGCAGGUGAAGACCCUGCCUUGUGUUCCGGGGGCUGGGGUCCAUUAACCUAAAGGCUAUUAAAGAAGGGGGAGAGGCGCGUCUGCUUCCUCUGGCGGCCGGAGACUUCCUCUUCCAGACAUCUCCGGCAUGUAGGUGGUCCCCUUGCGGGUGGGUAGAGGCGAUCAUAGAUGAAGGUUGUGGGGGAGGGGGGGAGUCUUCCGGUUGUCUUGAGGAUGGGGUGAGCGGUGUGCAGGGCCUGUUUUAGGGUUGGUGGUUCUGAGCUUUUCUUCUUCUGACUGACCUUUCAUCAUGACCCCAAGAGGGUCUAGGGGAAACAUACUCCCGGGGGGCUCUGCCCGCUGCAGAGCCCAGACCCAGAGGGUGGUGUGUCUCAACACUGGACGUGAAAGAGGACCCCUCCCUUUCCCCUUAGGCCUGUUUGUAAACUGGGUGCCUCGUUGAACCGUGAGCUUGAUGCUCAUCAAAGUUGCCGGUACUUCGUGUCCUCCCAACUCAGAUGCUGCGAUGACAACUUCCUGUAUUUUAGGCUCCCGACUUUUCACUUUUUAAAAAGACGACAAGAUGUUUAGUUUCCAUUUUCUUAAUUUAGCUCCAUUUUCCCAUGGCUAUUUUUGUACCUCGGAGAAACACUCCCCAAAACUACCCAAAUCAUUUCUUAGCAUUGCUUUAAAAACAAUUCUUAAGGCAAGUGUUCACUGCUCCCGGAACUGAGAGGGUGUGUUUAUUCUAAGAGCCAACAUCUGACCACCUUUAUGCC